AUGCAAAACUGAUUGGUUUUAACAUUCAAGUUGUCGCAUUUGAAAAUAAAAGCAAUACAAAAAGCGAAAGUUAUGCGUUUGUCUGUUUUACUGGAUCAAUAAUCAUUACGUCAUAUUAAGUAUCAUUCCCAUUGUAUCAAAGUGUAAAAAGUAAUUAAUUGAAAACUUUUAUCAAAUUCCAGUAAUAAUUUGUUUAAUAAUUUUUAAUUUAAGUUUUAAUCAUUACACAACGUUAGUAUGAAGAAUUUACGAAGAAUUUACGUAACAAUCGUUUUGAACCAUUUCUUUUUUUUUAAAUCUUAUGGUUUGAAUAUUACCACGGUCAGCAAAAAAUUGUUUAAUGAGCAAUCGACAAUAGAAAAUUCAAAUCUAUUUGAAGAUGAAAGAUAUACUCAACCGGAAGUCGCGCUUCAGUUCGUUAUGAAAAACUACAAUAAAUUAGUCAAGCCAAAAGGUUUAGUCGACGUCGAAUUGGAUAUUCGGGUUUUAUCUUUCGAUAAUUUGGAUGAAAGCUCAAUGAAAUUUAAUGUGGACUUUUACUUUUCACAAUUUUGGUUUGACGAAAGAUUUAAAAUUUUGCUUGACAGCCCAGAAUCAUAUAUAAAUAUUUUAGGAAAAAAGGCAGAAGACCUCUGGUUGCCGGACACUGUAUUAGUUAAUUCUAAAUCUUCUAAUUUUCAUUACGUAACUGUAGAAAACCGAUUUACAACCAUAAAUUUUUCAAGCGGAAUGAUUUUGCAGCAUGCGAGAAUUUCAACGGCAGCAUCUUGUCACAUGGAUUUAAGAAAGUAUCCUUUUGAUGAGCAAAUUUGCUAUAUCGCGAUUGAAAGUUAUGAUCAUGAUGAUAAAGAACUGGCGUAUUACUGGUCAUUAGACGAAAGUUCAAACGAUCAAAAAUUCAACAUAAAAGUUUACGAUAAAGAAAUGGCAAACUUUGAUGUAACAAGCGCACUUAAAAGUUUAGAGAAAACCCCGCACCACGACGAAUCAUUUUCCAGUGCAACCGCAAUGUUUACAUUUCGUCGGCGACGAGAGUACUUUCUUUUUCAAAUUUAUUUACCAUGUGCAUUAAUUGUGGCUAUGACGUGGAUAUCAUUUUGGAUAACAACAAGUGCCAUUCCAGCACGUUGUGGUAUUUCAGUAACUGCACUGCUUACGUUGAUCACCAUGUUAAGCAUUACAAAUGCCAGCAUGCCAAAAGUUGGUUAUAUAAAAGCAUUGGACAUUUAUUUGCUUACGUCACUGAUUUUUGUAUUUAUGACUUUGAUUGAAUACAUAAUUGCUCUUAACUGGUUGAAAAAUAAAGAAAACGUUUCUAAAAAAAGAACUUCUUCCGUCAACUCACAAUUAAACUCGAAUAAAUCUAUACCACUAAAUUUCUUUGGAGAUGCAAAGCAUGUAAGCAACAUUAGUUUAAACGACUCUGUGUUAUUUUACAAUCACUUGAAUAAAAGAAAUUCAUUUCAAAAUGAGAAAAGAGAAGUUAAAUCUGAGAGCUGGAGACUAAAUGAAAACUUAAUGUUCAAAAACCUUAAAUCGUCUACAACAACUAACGGAGUGCAAAACAACGAGACACUAAAAGACUCAGUCUGCUCAAACUUUAAAAUUGAUUGUGUUGCACGCUUGUUGUUUCCAAUUUCUUUUCUCGCUUUUAAUAUAUUAUACUGGUGGUUUUAUUUCAAAGAUUAGUUAAUUAAAGUUUUGAAAAAUAAGUAAAGAUAA